AAAAAUCUGCUUUACCUUUUCUCCUGCAACUCCAUUCACGUUUACUUAGAAUUAAUUCUGGUCUAUGCAAGUUGAUUCAGAAAAUUUGUUUUGAGGCUUUGAGCCUCGUUUGCCUACCGACUCGCAAAAAAAGAGACAUCCGACCAUUCAUCUUCAACUACGUGGAGGCCAUGGCGUUUCGAUGGUACCAUCAGUCUAUGUCUAUCACCAACCACCUUCCCUCUCUGUUGUCCAUUUCCAUUUCUUCUCAACUGUCGAAUUGGUAUCAGAGGUAUAGUCAGAUUUCGCAUCUGAUCAUGUGUAACCUUAUUUUGUCUAACGUCAGCUCGAGACUUCACAAAAGGAAGCACUCUGUCUGUUUCGUUUUCGCGGUUUCCUCUCUCGAUUGAAGAGAGAUAAGUCGAAGGAAGAAGAAGAAGCAAAAUAAUUUUGUAAGAGUAAAGAUGGGGAAUAUAUUAACGUGUAUAGAUCAGGCGAGCAUAGGGGUGGUGGAGAGAUGGGGGCGUUUCGAGAGAUUAGCAACUCCUGGCUUCCACUUCUUCAACCCUUUUGCCGGUGAAUGGCUCGCUGGCGUUCUGUCCACCAGGGUCUGUUCUCUCGAUGUCCGCAUCGAGACCAAGACCAAGGAUAAUGUCUUUGUGCAAUUGCUCUGCUCAAUUCAAUACAGGAUAAUCAAAGAAAAUGCUGAUGAUGCAUUCUAUGAGUUGCAAAACCCUCAAGAACAGAUUCAGGCUUAUGUGUUUGAUGUGGUCCGAGCUCUUGUUCCCAGAAUGACAUUAGAUGAGCUCUUUGAACAAAAGGGUAGCAUUGCAGAAGCUGUAUUGGAGGAACUUGAGAAGGUGAUGCGGGAAUAUGGAUAUAGCAUAGAGCACAUAUUGAUGGUUGAUAUUAUACCUGAUGCCUCAGUGCGUGAAGCCAUGAACGAGAUAAAUGCAGCUCAAAGGCUUCAGCUUGCUAGCGUCUACAAAGGGGAGGCAGAAAAGGUGCUCCAAGUGAAGAGAGCUGAGGCAGAUGCAGAGACUAAGUACCUUGGAGGGGUUGGGGUGGCUCGGCAGCGGCAAGCUAUUACGGAAGGACUGAGAGACAACAUUUUGAACUUCUCUCACAUGGUGGAGGGCACAUCAGCAAGGGAGGUGAUGGAUCUUAUCAUGAUAACACAGUAUUUUGACACGAUCAAAGAACUUGGGAACUCAUCAAAGAACACUACUGUGUUCAUACCACAUGGCCCUGGUCAUGUCAGGGACAUCGGGGACCAGAUACGCAAUGGGCUGAUGGAAGCAGCUAGUUCCAGUGUCCAAUGAUUUUGAUUGCUCUAUCAGCUUCCUAUUAUGCCGUUCUAACAUUUUCACUUGCCACUUGCACCAUUUCUGGUUGUGAAGAAAAUGAGAAAAAAGAAUGUGAAAAAAAGAGAAAAAAAAGGAAAGAAAAUAAAGGCUUUCUUUUAGGAGAAAGGGAGGCCACUUUUGCUUCCUCUA